AUGACCAGCAUUGGAAUUUCAAACAAUGAAAUCGAAUAUGAACGCAUUACGCGCUCGCUUAAUUAUUUAGUUAAACACUUUUUGCGUGAAGCUACGAACAAGACGAGCGGUAAAGACGUGCCUGGUUUAAGCGAAACAGGCAAGGCUACUGAUCUGACAUUGCGACAGCAGCAGACUUUCGAUUAUUGUUUACGAAUAUUAGGAAG